GGGUGGGGGUGCGCUGGGAGUCGGGGGAUGCUCCCUCUCGGAGAGAAUUGGGUAAACAUGGCGACCGCGGCGCCCAUUUGCACACGCUACACAAAUGCAUCGCAUUCCCGGUUGUUUGCAGAAAAUUUACAGCUGAGUAAUAAAAGUUUACGAUCGACUCACAAGUUGGAUUGGCCACAAGAAGUCAUGUGGAUUCCAUCCAUGAACGUGAACUUUUUAUUGUGGUUUGUCCGUUCGGAGCGCUCCGCAGAACAGUCCUCCCUGUAAGAGCCUAACCAUUGCCAGGGAAACCUGCGCUGGGCGCUCCCUUCGUUACCAGUAUUUUUUUUAUUAAUCUGAUUAAUAAUUAUUUCCCCCCCCCCAUUUAAUUUUUUUCCUCCCAGGUGGAGUUGCCGGAAGCUGGGGGCACCUGGGGAGGGGGGAGGGGGAGAGGCAGGAGUUGAGGGCACCUCUCUCUCCCUCCCGGACCCUCUAGCCCCCCAAGGGGAGAAGGAAUGCGGGAGCAGGAGUUGAGAUUGGGAGCUGCAGAUGCCUCCCCCCUCCCCUCUUCCAGGCUCUCCCUCCUGCCCCCUUCUUGCAACUCUCCUCAAUUUUAUUUGGAUUUUUUAUUAUUGGGACUAUUUUAUUUUUAAAUUUAUGUAAAGUAUAUAAGUAUGUGUGGAGCUGAGACAGGCUCGGCAGCGGCACAGAAUGAGGGAAGACGAGAAAGAGGGAGAGUGGGAGAGAGGCAGAGAGAGGGAGAGGGAGAGUGACAGCAGCGCCCGGACGUCCUCCCCAACGUCGCCCUCAAUUCCACCGCCUAUGAUCCAGUGAGGCAUUUCUCGACCUAUGGAGCGGCUGUUGCCCAGAACCGGAUCUACUCGACUCCCUUUUACUCGCCACAGGAGAAUGUCGUGUUCAGUUCCAGCCGGGGGCCGUAUGACUAUGGAUCUAAUUCCUUUUACCAGGAGAAAGACAUGCUCUCAAACUGCAGACAAAACACCUUAGGACAUAACACACAGACCUCAAUCGCUCAGGAUUUUAGUUCUGAGCAGGGCAGGACUGCGCCCCAGGACCAGAAAGCCAGUAUCCAGAUUUACCCCUGGAUGCAGCGAAUGAAUUCGCACAGUGGGGUCGGCUACGGAGCGGACCGGAGGCGCGGUCGCCAGAUCUACUCGCGGUACCAGACCCUGGAACUGGAGAAGGAAUUUCACUUCAACCGCUACCUAACUCGGCGCCGGCGCAUCGAGAUCGCCAACGCGCUCUGCCUGACCGAGCGACAGAUCAAAAUCUGGUUCCAGAACCGCCGGAUGAAAUGGAAAAAGGAAUCUAAUCUCACGUCCACGCUCUCAGGGGGCGGCGGAGGGGCCGCGGCUGACAGCCUGGGCGGAAAAGAGGAAAAGCGGGAAGAGACAGAAGAGGAGAAGCAGAAGGAGUGACCUGGACUGUCCCUGCCGCCCCCUCUCCUCCUCCUUCCCCCCUGCUCCCUCCUGAUCACACUCUCUGUAUUUAUCACUGGCACAAUUGGUGUGUUUUGACUCCCUCAGACAAAAUUAGGGAGUCAGAUAUGGACCUGAAAGUAAACUCUGGACCCCCUCCCUCGCCGCACAAACUCUCACGACUCGCCUCCUCCUCGCUCCCUCGCUAGCUCGCUCUCGGCUUGUCUGCAGGCCCCUUCCCCGCCCAGGCCUUGGGGGCUCUGCCCCUGAACCUCACUUCAGACUCCACUGUUCUCCCUCAAAUGAGGACUUGGCCUCCCACCCCUAGGUGCCCCC